GAAAAUUCCUACAUUCAGUGAAGUGUGCAAAGGAGGUGCGACCAGGAGUACUACGAAACAGAAGAAAGAAAUACUCACAGAUAUGACACGCUGCCACAGCCUUCAAUCGUACACGUCCGCGGGGAUGACAGACAGCGGAACGCUUUGGACAGACCAGAAAGAAACUGCUAGAUGCCCCAGAGGUACGAUAACCUGCGGUAUGCUGCCCACGUUACGCGCUCUGGCAUCCAAGGAAUGCGAGAACAGUCAGGGCACCGUCUGUCUCGUGCCGUUCGACACAGAAAUGGACUCCGCCAGCCACCUGCAGAUGAUCCUAUUGGAGGCGUAUUGUCGUGAGACCGGGAUCAAGGUGUUACGUGUGUCCAGAGAGAAGAUACGGGAUCACUUGUGCCCAGGAGGCGGUGAUCUUUCGUGCGUCCUGAUCUCGAACGUCGAUCCAUAUUUCCUCGAGACACCUGAGUGAAUUCGGACCUGCUUGGAAAUCUUCAUGAACCAGAGAAUAUUUAGUCUCGACUAAACACAGUCAUGUGAUUAUUUCGGCAAGGCGCAACAGAGUCCGAUGAAAUACCGAUGGACGAAUGGGAGAGUUUCUGAACGAUUUUUUCCGUGACACCAGUUCGUGUAUUCCGUGAACCGACAAAGCGUGGAAGGUUACACACCACGAUAACGGACUACGAUGUUCUUGCGAUAAGAAGGGAGAAAUACUUGCUGCGUAUAUUUAUCGAUACCCGUGAAUAUUCGUUGCGAGAACCCACGGGGAUCAUUUGCGGCUGCACGAACGAGAAUACGCAAACCAAAGGAUGUACCAACUUCGCUGGUCUAGUUACGAAUAACGUGCAUGUAUAUACAUACGACGAUUAUGCUGUAAUUGUUGAUAGG